AUGGAUCCUAGCAAUGGAGGUAACAAUGUCAACAACAAUCCUAGUCUGGCUUCUAAGCACCGGCUUCGCUGGACGAAUGAGCUUCAUGAACGUUUUAUUGAUGCUGUAGCGCAGCUUGGUGGGCCAGAUCGAGCUACUCCAAAAGGUGUUCUCAGAGUUAUGGGCGUUCAAGGGCUAACUAUUUACCAUGUAAAAAGUCAUUUACAGAAAUAUCGACUUGCCAAAUAUCUUCCAGAUUCUUCAUCUGAUGGAAAAAAGAGUGAAAAGAAGGAAUCUGGAGAUUUGCUUUCCAGUUUGGAUGGUUCGUCUGGAAUGCAGAUCACUGAAGCACUCAAGCUGCAGAUGGAGGUUCAAAAACGACUGCAAGAACAGCUGGAGGUCCAAAGACAGUUGCAGUUGCGGAUAGAAGCUCAGGGAAAGUAUUUAAAGAAGAUAAUUGAAGAACAGCAACGCCUUAGUGGAGUUCUUUCAGGAGUGCCUGGCUCAGGGGUUCCAGCUCCUGUAUCAGGGGACAAUUGCCUAGAAACUGAUAUUAAAACUGACCCAGCAACUCCUGCUUCAACAUUUGAGCAUCCUUCUCGGGGCAAGCCUGCCAAAGAAUGUGUCCAUGCCCAGAGCCUUUCCAUAGAUGAAUCCUUCUCCUCCCAUCACGGGCCUCUAACACCUGAUUCUGUCUGUCAUUCGACUUCACCAGUUGCGAGUCCAAGCCAAAUACGAGGAAAGAAGCAAAGUGUAAACACGGAAGCAUUCGGAGAACCAGAGAUGGUGCUUACCCAUUCGAUACUCGAGUCAAGCUUGGGCCCACAUUCAGUUUUCUUGACAAGUGAGCAGUUUGAUCAUUCUUCAGGUAUAUCUAUUGUCAAUCAAGACCCAUUGGAAAAAGCUUCAGGUGGCCGUGUAUAA